GUCACUGCUGUUGUCUUCUCUUUUACUCAAACUCGUCUGAAUGUCUUGUCUCUCUAUGUGUGUGUGUGUGACUGUGUGUAAAGUGUAACAACUCCUUCACCCAACCCCCUCCGAAAAAUCUCUUCAUUUUCUUUUAAACCUUUUUCACUUUUGUUUUUCUUUUAUCUUGUCUGUCAUUCUCAAAGGGGCAGAUAGAUAGAUAGAUAAUCAUCAAUCAUUCAUCAUCAUCAAUCAAUUUACACAAAAAUUAAUUUUAAUUUUAAUUCAAACAGUAACAAUAAUAAUAAGAAAAAGAAGAAAAUGGCGUCUCUGUUUAGCAGAGACCGAACUUUGGGUCACUCCAGAAGGGGCUCUUUUUCCUCCUCCUCUUCCACCCCCUCUUCCCUUUCCGCCACCCUCUUCACAAUGCCCUCCACCGCCAGCUCCCGUUUUUCCCCUUCCAAGGCCGCCGCCGCCGUCACUUCCUCCGUUUCUUUGUCCCCUCUUCCAUCCCCAUUCGGCGACCUCACUCCAACUCUCUCCGCCACCGACCUCCGGGAAACCGCCCACGAGAUCUUCCUUGCUACUUGCCGUACCGCCACCGGGAAGCCUCUGGCGUUCAAUUCCGGCAAUGGGAGCUCGAGUAAUGGGACCAGCGUCCAUCCCAAUUCGACUUCCUCGCCGUCGAAUCCCAAUUCGCCGUCGCUGCAGAGAUCGUUGACGUCGACGGCUGCUUCGAAGAUGAAGAAGGCAUUGGGGUUGAGAUCUAGUUCCAGCGUGAAAAAAGCUGAGGGCAGCCCCAGUCCCGGUUCCGGCGGGAAAGGGAAGAAGCCGGUGACUCUUGGGGAGUUGAUGAGGAUUCAGAUGAGGGUUUCCGAUGCUUUUGAUUCCAGGGUUCGGAGGGGUUUGCUUAGAAUGUCUGCUGGCCAGGUUGGAAGGAGGGUAGAGUCAAUGGUUCUUCCGCUAGAGCUAUUACAACAAUUCAAAUCAUCAGAUUUCACUGAUCAUGAAGAAUAUGAUGCCUGGCAGAAGAGAAACCUGAGACUUCUUGAGGCUGGUCUGCUUUUACAUCCGCACGUGCCAAUUGAUAAGUCCAAUGCAGCUGCACAACGGCUGAGGCAAAUUAUUCAAGGGGCUUUGGAUAAGCCUAUUGAAACAGGGAGAAACAAUGAGUCAAUGCAAGUCUUGCGCAGUGCUGUAAUGAAUCUAGCUGGCAGAUCAUCUGAUGGACUCCUAGAGUCGUGUCACUGGGCUGAUGGUUUUCCAUUAAAUCUCAGACUCUAUGAAGUUCUUCUUGAAUCUUGCUUUGAUGUUAAUGAUGAAACAUCUAUCAUUGAGGAAGUUGAUGAGGUUAUGGACCUUGUAAAGAAAACAUGGGGAAUCCUUGGACUCAAUCAGAUGCUUCAUAACCUUUGCUUUACGUGGGUAUUAUUCAACCGAUUUGUUGCCACUGGACAAGUUGCUAAUGAUCUACUAUGUGCUGCUGAUAGUCAACUCGCUGAAGUUGCAAAAGAUGUAAAGACAACCAAAGAUCCAGCAUAUGCUAAGAUCUUAAGUUCUACCUUGACUGCCAUACUUGGUUGGGCAGAGAAAAGGCUUCUUGCGUAUCACGAUACAUUUGAUCAUGCUAACAUUGAUUCCAUGCAAAGCAUUGUUUCUCUAGGGGUGUCAUCGGCUAAAAUCUUAGUUGAAGAUAUUUCUAACGAGUACCGACGUCGCAGAAAGAAUGAAGUGGAUGUUGUGCGCAGCAGGAUUGAUACUUAUAUCAGAUCUUCACUUCGCACUGCCUUUGCUCAGAGAAUGGAAAAGGCAGAUUCGAGCAGGAGAGCAUCAAGGAACCAGCCCAAUCCUCUUCCAGUGCUUGCCAUCCUCGCAAAAGAUGUUGGUGAACUGGCUAAUAAUGAGAAGGAUGUCUUUAGUCCCAUCCUAAAGAGAUGGCAUCCUUUUGCUGCUGGUGUUGCUGUUGCCACUCUCCAUUCAUGUUAUGGAAAUGAGCUGAAGCAAUUUAUCUCAGGCAUAACAGAGUUGACUCCGGAUGCUGUUCAAGUGCUGAGAGCUGCAGAUAAGUUGGAAAAAGAUCUUGUCCAGAUUGCUGUUGAGGACUCGGUGGAUAGUGAUGAUGGUGGCAAGGCUAUUAUUCGUGAAAUGCCCCCUUAUGAAUCUGAAGGCAUAAUAGCCAACUUGGUGAAGGAUUGGAUUAAAACAAGAGUAGAUAGAAUUAAGGAAUGGGUUGACAGAAAUCUGCAGCAAGAGGUAUGGAAUCCGCGUGCUAAUCAAGAAGGAUAUGCACCUUCUGGUGUGGAGGUCUUAAGAAUAAUUGACGAGACCUUAGAUGCAUUCUUUCAGUUGCCUAUUCCAACACAUCCAGCACUCCUUCCUGACUUGAUGGUUGGCAUUGACAGAUGCCUUCAGUAUUAUGCAAACAAAGCAAAAUCUGGCAUCGGAUCAAGGAAUAAAUACAUCCCAACCAUGCCAGCCUUAACAAGAUGUCCAAUGGAAAAAAAAUUUCAGGGGGUUUUUAAAAAGAAAGAGAAGCCAGUUAACACCCAGAAAAAGAACUCGCAAGCUGCUGUGACAAAUGGAAAUGAUUUGUCUGGGGUACCACAACUUUGUGUCCGUAUAAAUACAUUACAGAGGAUCCGAAUGGAGUUGGAAACUCUGGAAAAGAGAAUCAUAACCCUCUUGCGAAACUCAGAAUCAGCUAAAGUUGAAGACUUCUCCAAUGGUUUAGCGAAAAAAUUUGAGCUCACGCCGGUAGUUUGUGUUGAGGUUAUACAACAAAUUUGUGAGGCAGUGGCAUACAAGAUUGUCUUUCAUGAUCUAGGUCAUGUUCUAUGGGAUUAUCUGUAUGUAGGGGAGCCAUCAUCAUCUCGGAUUGAGCCGUUUCUUCAGGAGCUUGAGCAGAAUCUUACUGUCAUAGCAGACACAAUUCAUGAAAGGGUUCGCACGCGAAUAGUUGCUGACAUAAUGAGAGCCUCAUUUGAUGGUUUUCUGUUUGUUCUACUUGCGGGAGGGCCUAACCGAGCCUUUACUAAGCAGGACUCCCAAAUAAUAGAGGAUGAUUUCAAGGCCCUUAAAGAUCUCUUCUUUGCAAAUGGAGAUGGAUUACCUACUGAUGUUAUUGAUAAGUUUUCCACAACUGUCCGGGACGUCCUUCCCCUCUUCCGAACAGACACAGAAAGCCUCAUUGACCGAUUCAGACGGCUGACUCUGGAAACAUAUGGUUCCUCAGCAAAAUCUAGAUUUAAUUUUCCGCUGCCUCAAACCACAGGACAGUGGAAUCCCACUGAACCAAACACGCUUUUGCGUGUUUUAUGUCAUCGGAAUGAUGAAACUGCUUCUAAGUUCCUCAAGAAGACUUAUAAUUUACCCAAAAGACUGUAGAGGAAAUAAGGGUGAGAAUGCUCUUGAGGGGGCUGCCAUUCAAGGGGAAAUGAGUGAUAAGCAGCACAUGAAAGUUACUCAAGCUUGUAACUAGUAUAUCAACCAGGGAUGCCUUUUGCCAUGCCUGGACCUAGCCUAGUGCAGUUUCAGAGUCCAGAGUGAACGGUAUAUCUUGUAUAGAAUCCUUCAAAAGCUUGGUUGUUCAUUCGCAGCCUGCUGCUUUCAGGAAAAACAUCUUUUCUGGGGGCACCUUUGUUUCGACUGAGAGUGGCCGGAUAUAUGUAUGGUAUUUAUUCGUUUCUAUUGCUUGUAGAUUAUAGGAUAUAGUAUGGUUCUUCUCUUCUCACUACAUUUAUUAUUAUUUGUUUGAUUGAGAUGACUGAUCUCUCCAUAUUCAUUUGUUAGUUACCCUCAUUGUUUCAUUCAUUGUCGCUGUAGAUAUCUGUUGGCUGCCUUAGAUAUCUGUUGGCUGCCUUACUAUCUGAAAGAGUAGCGUUGGUGCUGUCACCAUGGUGUUUUGUUCUGUUGAAUGUAUUAGACCUGUAGACUUAUAUAUGUAAAAGAAUACAUUCAUUUUACUAUCUUGGUUUUUGUCUAUUCCAUGUUGCUUAUAUAUAGAAGUUAAAAGUUGGUAAAGGAGUGGUUUGAGUUAAAGCACAAGUAGGUAUUAUUAAAUGGAUCAUGACUUCAAGCCAGCUCUUCGUUAUAGUAUUUGUUAACUACUUGGGGAAGCCAACUCUUCAUUCAGUUCGGCUGUUACUACGACCAAGUAAAUGAUGUAUGGAUAAAAACCAGUUCUUUCCUGCAACAUGAUGUUUCUACCUGAAUGCUAACAUACUCAACUGGAUCGUGAUUUGUUGAAAGAUAGAGAGUUUUUAAAGUGCAAUUUGUGUCUGAGUUGGAGUUAUCUCAAAGAGAAAUCUCUAUUUCACUUCAGUUUCACUAACACGUAUUGCUGCCAAAGUUUCAUGUACUUGAACCAUUGAUGGCCGUUGGCCUGGAUUAAACCUCAGACAGUUCUUUGCUACCUCAAAGCACUUGCGGAUUUCAUCUUCAAAACCUUGACCCACCAGAGUUUCAUCCAAUACGAAUGCGUGCGAAAAGUGAGCCGGAGAGGUAGCGGGACUAAGAUCUAAGAUUGAGCUGACUAAUUCUCGAGGUUCCUUUCCAGUUAUGAGCUCAAGAAGCACAAUUCCAAAAGAGUAAACAUCGUUCUUGUCAGAUUCCAACUCCUCGUUAUCACUUCUAUAGGCCGAUCUAGGCGUCAACUUAAUGAACUUUGCUUCCCAGAAGUUUGAUAUCUUGGGUUCGACAUGUUUAUCGAGCAAGAUGCACUUGGAGCUUACGGCUCCAUGAAUCACAGUUACAUUGCUGCUAUCAUGCAGCGAUGCUAAUCCUUCUGCUACCCCAAGAGCAAUGUAAAAUCUUAACGGCCAGCUUGCCUUGAUUUCUCCCUCUUCUUGGCUUGUUGAAUGCAGCCAAUUGUAUAGAUUUCCAUUUGGCAUGUAUCUGUAAACCAAAUAUACGUCAUUCUCCCAGAGGCUGAAACCUAUUAAAGGAACCAGUCUGCGGUGUUUUAAUCUUGCUAGAGUUAAGAUCUCAGAUUUAAUUCGUCGACCAAGAUGCUCGCCGUUGAAGAGGCACUUGACAGCAACCAAAAAUUGUUCCCGGAUUUUAGCCUUGUAUGUUGCUCCUGUCUUUCCGAUUCCAAUCAGGUUAUCCUGGCUAAAACUGCCUGUUGCAUCAGAAAGUUCCGCAAAAGGCAUCCUUGGAACAUAUUUUUCCAUUGCUGUCAUCUGUCACAGAAGCAUUGUUUAGAGACUCAUCAGAAUUUCAUAAUAGCUGAGUGGGAGAAUUAAGGGGAUAAUGCAUAUGAAUCAGAUCUUCUUCCUUUUUCCAAUUUCUGCAUAAAACAGGCCGAAAAUUUGAACUGCUUGACUGUACUAAACUGUAUGGCAGACAACUAACAAGACAAGAUUGAAUUGUGUUGAGCCUCUCACGGGGUAAGUGACCAAGAAACAGAUUAUGUUCAUCAAAUUCCAGAGAGUAUUGAACACCAUGAAUAUGUGCAAAGAAGGCCUAAAAACAAGAAAAUGUAGUAGUGAUUUUACCAUGAUAUUGUUCAUCUCUCCCUGAGUCUGCUGUGGACUUUGUUCAUUCAUUCGUGCCCUUUUCUUCUUCUUCUUGUACUCAAGAUAAAGCUUCUUGACAUCGAUUUCUGGAACAACAAACCAACAAACCAAGAAAACCAAACUCAUAGAUGCAGCCCAACCAGUCAUGAGGCCGCGGAAGAAAUACCGAUUAGAGAUAUGAUCGCUGCCCUCCAAUGGAUUUCCACCAAGUCCCGGAUUGUCUCCAAAGUCGACAGUAGCCGGAGUAACCUCAUAAAAUGCAGGCACUAACCCUGUUAACCUGUUACUAGAGACAUUGAAGUAUUUGAGGCGUCGCAGUUGGCCCAUCUCGACUGGAAUCGAACCGCUUAGUUCAUUAGCACCGAGGCUUAAGGUAUUCAAGUAGCUACAUUCAGGAAUGGAAGGUGGGAUGACCCCAGUGAGUUGAUUAUUUGAAAGAUCAAGAUAUACAAGAUAAGGUAGAUGGAAGCAGAUAUCAUGAGGGAUUGUGCCAGAGAUUUGAUUAUUCGAAAUAUCCAGCCUCUGCAAGCUCCUGCAGUUCUUCAGACCCGCUGGAAACUGACCAACCAGUCCCAUGUUAUUUAAGGAUAAACUGAUCACCCUGUUCUCCACCAUACUCCAGCAUUCGAUACCGUUAAAUAGGCAAAUGGAUCCUUCGGUUGAGUAGGUGAAAUCCCAAUUCGACAAGUGGCCGAAAGGAUCAAGCAAGGAUUCCUUCAGCGAUUUCAGGCAUGAGAUAUCAGGACUAAUAAGAGGAGCACUGGCAACUUCAUUUUUGGCCAAGUACAAGAAGCUCAAAAAAGUGCAAUAACUUUGGCAAUAGAGAUUGCCAUUCUACUUAGAAGGAUUAUUUGCUCAAACAGAUAAGGGGCCGGGGGAAUUCGGUUUCCUGGUUAGAUUUGUGUUCGUUCUAUGGAAAUCUGGAAGAAGACUUACGUAAAGCCAUAAGACGUCAACUCAGUGAGGACCAAGUCUUCGGUUCUCCACGAUAGCACUGCUGGUUUUGCGCGUUGGAUUGUCUUAGAGAGACCUCGUGACAUUGAAAUUCUUUUCUUUUAGUUUUUGUUUUGAACGCAAGAGUCCAGCCUGUUAAGCCCAGCUGCCUAUUUGGCCGACGGGAAACUGCCCGUCGAUGGACUCGAUAUAGGAUCAUCGGAAUGAGUGAGUUGUGCCUAACUAGCUACUUGGCGGCUCUUUGUUCCACGGUAAUGAAUGGAUAAACUUAGAUCUCAUGAAAAAUAUGAGGUUGGGUAC